AUGCGCUUCACUUCCCUGUCCAUCAUCGUGGCGGCCGAUGCCAUCUUGGCAUCGCCCGUCGAGCGCGCUGCCAAGCCCGCGACCCUGCCGUUGAAGCAUGUCAUCAAUGUCAGCUCCGCGAGUAGCCUGAUCCAGCGCGGCCAGGCCCGCCUCAACCACAUCAACGGCGGCGACGCCGCCAAGACUACCGUCGGCCACGUCGACGCCUCCUCUGGCCCCGCCGAGAACGACGACGUCAGCUACAUUGCCUCCGUCGCCAUCGGCAACGCCAACUGGAACCUGAUUGUCGACACCGGGUCCUCCAACACCUGGACCGGCGCCCAGAGCUCCUACGUCCCCCACUCCACCGGCAACGCCACCGGCGGCUCCGUCUCCGUCAGCUACGGCUCCGGCCAGUUCUCCGGCAAGGAGUACGUCGACAAGGUCAGCUUCGGCGGGCUCACCGUCGCCUCGCAGUCCAUCGGCUCCGCCACCAGCGCCUCCGGCUUCAACGGCGUCGACGGCAUCUUCGGCCUCGGCCCCGUCGGCCUCACCAAGAACACCGUCUCCAACGCCGCCACCGUGCCCACCUUCCUCGACAACCUCUACGCCCAGGGCUCCAUCCCCACCGAGGUCCUCGGCGUCUACUUCAGCCCCGAAGCCGGCUCCGACACCAGCGACAACAACGGCGAGCUCACCCUCGGCGGCGUGGACAGCUCCAAGUACACGGGCGCGCUCACCUACGUGCCGACGCUCAAGUCGGGCGCGGCCGCGCCGUACUGGGGCGUCAGCAUCGCGAGCUUCGCGUACGGCUCGACGACGCUCGCGUCCGGCGCCACCGGCAUCGUCGACACCGGCACCACGCUCAUCUACAUCCCGUCCGCCGCGUACUCCAAGUUCCUGAGCGCAUCCGGCGGCAAGACCGACUCCAGCUCGGGCCUCGCCGUUUACACCAAGAAGCCGACGGCCAACUUCUCCAUCACCCUCGGCUCGACCACCUACACCCUGACCCCGGCGCAGUACCUGGUGCCCACCGCGCAGUACAGCUUCUUCGGGCUGUCGUCCGGCAAGUACUACGCGUGGAUCAACGACGGCGGCAGCAGCGGCGUCAACACCAUCAUCGGACAAAAGUUCCUGGAGAACUACUACUCCGUCUACGACACCACCAACGCCCGCAUCGGCUUCGCCAAGGCUGCCUAA